AUGUCGUUUCUUCCAACCUUGUGUGCCUCAGGACAAAGGGUGCGCCCGAAGAUUUUUGAUAGUAUGCUGCUCCUCGCAGAGUCGGCCGUCUCCUCCUACGCCUCUUCUGAAUGUUUGCAUUAUGUCGGUUUAAAAACAACAACAGCGUUAGGGUUUGAGCUCGGUACAGCCGGGUACACCAGCUCUGACUACGAGGUUAGAGUGGUGGGUGAAAACGGGGAAGUCGUCUGUGUGGAAACACAGGGGGAACUCUGUUUGCGUGGACCAGCAUGUGCCAAAGCUUAUGUCUACCUUGACGGUUCCAGAGCGCCUAUUGUGGACGAAGACGGUUGGUACCAUACCGGAGAUGUAGCACUAAUCCACCAAGACGGACGAAUCGUCAUCAUAGGUAGGAAGACUGAAAUGCUUAAACGGGCUUCGGUGAAAAUUUUUCCCUCAUUCGUGGAGAGGAAGAUUCAGGAAAACUUUGAAGAGAUUGAGGAAGUUGUUGUUGUUGAUGUGGAUGACGACAUAUUGCACCAGGAGAUUUGA